UCUAGAAGCGCGCGGUGGCAUCUCAACGCCUCCUCUCUCGUCCUGCUUUAAAUUCCCGAGUCUUCUGUUCUUUUCACCCAGUGGCACGUUGACCUGUCAGCACCUCUCUCGUCGUCCUGCUUCGAAUUCCCGAAGCAGUGAAGCAUAGGUUCCCAGCACCCAGUUGGAAUCUACACGUCCACAACGAUGGAUAUCGGCGCCGCUACGUCGAGGCUCGAAGCCCUUGCUCCUGCGAUCGAUGCGUUGUGCAGCAUCUCGGGAAACGCCGGACUCUCUGUCGGCGUUUCCCAGGCAGGUCGGGUCAUUCACCGAGCCAAUUUUGGUUUCCGCGACGUCCAAGCACGAACAGCUCCCGACAGCGAUACAAUCUACCACGUUACUUCCCUCUCUAAGGUCACUGUCGCAGCCGCCGCGGCACAUCUGGUCCACCGUGGCAAAUUCGGCUGGGAAACGCCCAUCAAAGCGUACUUCGAUUGCUUUGCCUCUGAGAGCCCACAAGUCGAGAGUGAGGCCACCAUCAUCGACCUCUUGGCCCACCGCACUGCGCUUGCUUCCAAGAACACCUAUAUCACAAUGGGCCAUCAAAUUCACCUCGUCCCCAAAGACCAGACCUCACAGAUGAUGGCCAUUCUAGAACCUACUGCAGAGACAUUCCGCAAAGACUUCAAGUACAAUAAUUAGCUGUACAGUCUGGCUGGCAACAUUGUCGAGGAAGUAGCCGGGGGAGUCCCUGGGCUCCUUCACCAAAGCCAAAUGCUUCGACCAGCUAAGAAUGCAAAGCACCCUACGGCGUGCCCCCAGAGCACAACUAUGCUCAUUUCUAUGUCGCUCUCUACAAUGGCUCUCCGUACCACAUUCCUCGGCCUACUACUACCGACGAGACGUCGUUGGCCGGUGCCCAAGGACUGAAGAACAACACCAACGACCUCCUCGUCUAUUUGGGGCUUUGGUCAAG